UGUAGCUGUUAAUUACACUGGAGACAUUUCUGAAUUUUUGGUUCCACUUCCUUUGAAUCAGGAAAAUUAACACACGGAGCUUAAAACGAUGGCGCAGUUCUGGAAACCGGGAACCGAGAAGCCGCGCCUCCUUGAGGACGAGGAUGGCGGCGUUGUUUUCUUGGCAUCUUCCUUCUCUUUAUCUUCUUCUGGUUAUGGCUACGCGAGCAUUGAGAAACAAAGACAGAGGCUUCCAGUUUACAAGUAUAGAACUGCUAUUCUUUACUUGGUGAAGCUCACGCUACUACCAUUGUUGUUGGUGAGACUGGCAGUGGUAAAACCACUCAAAUCCCACAGUUUCUAAAAGAAGCUGGUUGGGCUGAUGGUGGGCGUGUUAUAGCUUGCACGCAACCAAGGCGACUAGCUGUGCAGGUAGGUUCGAAGGCUUCU